UCUCCAUGUGUCCGGCUGGCUGAAGCAGGCUAAAAUUGGUCUGAGACAGCCUCUUUUUUUAGCCCGCAUGGUUUCACCCACUGUCCUGUCCUGGCUGCAUACGUGGGUCUGUGAGAAGCAUGCUUCAGCUGGACUGGAUGGACGCAGGACUUUGUAGACUAUAAGGACUGAGCGGAUUCUCACUACAGAUAAGAAACACUAGAUUGCGCAAAGUGUGAUUGCGCAUUUUCCGUGUAAAGCCCCGGUGUCAAGUUGUGAGAGUGACCGACCUGUGAAGCCUGGUUUUCGGGGGAGACACGCUGCAAUGGACCGCACACCUGCUACACUAGAACACUAUAAGGCAGCCAUGUUGCUGAGUGGUGUCGGAGAUGCUCUGGGCUACAGGAACCAGCUGUGGGAGUACAACGAGUCAGGACCCACUAUUCAUCAGGAGCUGAAGGAACUAGGCGGUCUGAAGAACAUCAAGGUCGAGCUUCCAGACUGGCCGGUGAGCGAUGACACAGUUCUGCAUCUGGCAACGGCUGAAGGACUAGCAACCGGGAAGAUAGGGGAGGAUCUUCUGCAUGAGGUGGCAUCUCGCUAUGUCGAAGGGAUGAAAGACAUGGAGGGCAGGAAACCAGGGCCUUCAAGCAUCUUGGGAGUGUCCCAGCUGAGGCCUGGGGAGGAAGGAGGCUUCAGAGUCCCCUAUAAUCCUGAGGGGACAGGCUGUGGAGCGGCCAUGAGAUCCAUGUGCAUCGGCCUCAGGUAUCCAAAACCUGACCAGCUGCUGUCGUUAGUGGCAGUUGCCGUGGAGACAGGCAGGAUGACCCAUCCUCACCCCACAGGUUUCUUGGGAGCUGUGGCUUCAGCCCUUUUCACUGCGUACGCCGUCCAGCGCAGGCCAAUCACGACCUGGGGUCUAGGCCUGAUCAACGAAGCCUGUCCAAUAGCAAAGAGCUUUGUUCAGGGUCGAGGCUUCGCCGUGGAGGAGACGGAGAGAGACUGGAACUACUUCUGCGAGAAGUGGCAGUGGUACCUGGAUCAGAGGGGCAUCUCUAACGGGGUGGGGCCUGCGCUUUGGCCCGCCUCCUACGGCCCGGCUGAGAGAGACGACGCCUACAAGAGCUUCAGCCUGUCCGGGUGGGCGGGACGCAGCGGCCAUGACGCUCCAAUGAUAGCGCUGGACGCCCUGUUGGGGGCGGGGUCAGACUGGGAGGAGCUAAUGAGCAGGGCAGGCUUUCAUGGCGGCGACAGUGACAGUACUGCAGUGAUCGCCUGCUGCUGCUGGGGUCUCCUCUACGGCACACAGGGGGUCCCUGAAGGAAACUACACCAACCUGGAGUACCGGGACCGACUGGAGCAGAGCGCAGAGAAACUGUACGCCCUGUCACACUGAGGCGACUGUCACAGCCUGCUAACGCUGAUCAAGUUUGUCCCAAUGUGUUGCAGUGAAGGAAAACUAGGCCACACACUGUGGCACACUGACGUCGAACUAGUCAGUGCUUCAGUAGUACAUUGAUCUAGAAUGCUGUCACUGAGCCACGAUCUGUGGUAUCACACUUGCCUUUAGGGGAGGCAGCGUGUCCCACUAACCCAGAGAGGACUCAUUUCUGCUGCAACAUGCACUGUGUACAGGCUCAUGUGUUUGGCACUGAGGCUGCUGUAUCAUGAGGGGUCCCCCUAGUGACGAUUUUCAAUUGGCAUGCAGGGUUGUACAAUACGCAGAACAAAUUGAAGCUAAUGAGAAUAUGAAGAGAAUACAAAAAGUCCCUUGGCCAGUAAUUACUUCAUUUUGUCAGCCUGACCUAGUAGCAAAUGCUUAGCAAGCUUCAAAUUAAAUGUGCUGAUUAUAAUUUAAUGAAAACUAAAUGGCUCACUAUAGUUGUUACUAGAAGUGCAAUCAUGUAACACUGAAUCUCCAGACAAGUACAGUUAACAAUACAGUGAAAUAAACAAUGUUUUGUAGUUGA